AUGUGGGCGCGGUUCAGAGAUUCAAAGACAAUCAAAACAGAUGAGAACCAAACUGGAGAGGGUAGAAGCUCCAAUGUCAAUGAGGAGUAUCUCUGUGCGUUCAGAACAAAAUCCUAUUCUGAUUUCUUCUUGAAAGCUCAACAAUUAGUUAAAGAGCCAUCGUCUUCCUUAAAUACCAAUCACACGUUCGCUGAGACCCUUCUGGAGCCUGGGCAAGAAACUAUAACAGCCAUUCUUGAUUCCUCAAAAUUUCCAGGGAACCAUGAUCUUAAACCCCUUCUCUCCAAAUUCUUCGAAAUCAGCGCGGAGGCAUCUAAAUUCUGCAGCGCCCUUCUGGGAAGCCUCAAUCAUGUUCAAUCUGACUAUAAGUUCAUCCAACAAGUCCUCGACAAAAUCGACGAUGACGACUGCGCCGUUUCAGUGAGUGUUAUUCUCGACAACCCAUUUUCCGAUGGGGAGAAACAAAGCUUUACGCGAAUCCGCGACGAGUAUUCAACCAUGUUGGGACGCUUGAAAUCCAAGAGGGAAACAGUGGCGAGGAAGAUGAGAUUUGUCAGAUAUUUCAACAAGGCGGCCACGGUUCUGGCGGCGCACACGGUGGCGGUUUUGAGCAUACCGUUGAAGAAAGUGACGAGGAACAUGCGGUUCCUGAAACGUGGGAUUAUUUUAAGGAAAGUAGGGGAACAAGUUGAUGUUGCAGCCAAGGGGACUUAUAUUGUGAAUACAGAUUUGGACACGAUAAGUAGACUGGUGCGGCGGCUACACGAUGAGAUCGAACAUAACAAGGCAAUCAUAAAGUUGUGUUUGGAUAAAAAGUUUUGUGUUAAAGUAGUAUUAUUAUUGAGGGAGAUGAAGAAGAACAGUGUUGGGCUGGGAAAACAAGUGGAGGAACUUCAACAACAUGUUUACUUGUGCCUUGUCACUAUUAAUCGCCUUCGGGCUUUGCUCAUCAAUCAAAUUGCAAAAUCUAAUUCUUUCAAUCUUUAA